AUGAAUGUCGACUUGUCAUCAGUUGGUACAGUUAGUGCCGUGGCCGGAGCUAUGAUUUUCAGUUAUGGAGCCGCCAGAUUCGGUGCUGUAUUAUUUGGAGAAUUGAGAAAUGCCGUGUUUGCCAGUGUAUCCCAGGAUGCGAUUCGUCGUAUUGCUUACAAUACCUUUACAAGACUUUUGAACAUGGACUUGUUGUUCCACUUGUCCACACAAACUGGUGGGAUCACUAGAGCUAUAGAUAGAGGUACCAAGGGUGUCAGUUCAGUAUUGUCAGCAUUGGUUUUCCAUUUGAUUCCCGUGGGAUUUGAAAUUAGUAUGGUUUGUGGGAUCUUGUCUUAUAAGUAUGGGGUGACAUAUGCAGCCUUGGCCUUUCUCACUAUGUUGACAUACUCAGUGUUCACAAUUAGAACCACCAGUUGGAGAACUAAAUUCAGAAGACAAGCCAAUAAUGCCGACAAUCAAGCUGCCAGUGUGGCUUUAGAUUCGUUGAUCAAUUUUGAAGCAGUUAAGUAUUUCAACAAUGAAGGUUAUCAAGCAGCUAAGUAUGAUAAAUCAUUGGCCAAGUACCAGAAUGCAAGUAUUAAAGUUGCUACUUCGUUAGCAUUCUUGAAUGCCGGUCAGAAUUUCAUCUUUAGUUCAGCAUUGACAGCAAUGAUGUAUAUGGGUUGUCAAGGGGUUGUGGAUGGAUCUCUCAGUGUUGGUGAUUUAGUGUUGAUUAACCAAUUAGUGUUCCAAUUGAGUGUCCCAUUGAACUUUCUUGGGUCUGUAUACAGAGAUUUAAAACAGGCAUUAUUGGAUAUGGAGAACUUGUUUCAAAUUCAAAAGGUUCCAAUUGAAAUUAAAGAUUCUCCCACUGCAAAGCCUUUACAAUUAACUAAAGGUGAAAUCAAGUUUGAAAAUGUCAGUUUUGCAUAUCAUCCCGAUAGACCAAUUCUCAAGAAUGCAACAUUCACCAUUCCUGCUGGUGAAAAAGUGGCUAUUGUUGGACCAUCAGGUAGUGGGAAAUCUACAAUUUUACGAUUAGUGUUCCGAUUUUAUGACGUGAACGAAGGUAGAAUCUUAAUUGACGGCCAAGAUAUUCGUGAUGUUACAUUGGAAUCAUUACGUCAUAACAUCGGGGUUGUUCCUCAAGAAACACCACUUUUCAAUGAUACCAUUCUAGAAAAUAUCCGAUAUGGGAGAUUAUCAGCCAGCGAUGACGAAGUGAACCACAUGGCUGAACUAGUCAAAUUGGACAAAUUGAUCCAAGAAUUACCCAAUGGAGCAAACACCAUUGUUGGAGAACGAGGUAUGAUGAUAUCUGGAGGUGAAAAACAGAGAUUGGCCAUGGCAAGAUUAUUAUUAAAGGAUGCCCCAAUUUCGUUCUUUGAUGAAGCAACAUCGGCAUUGGACACCCACACAGAGCAGUCGUUAUUGAGGACCAUCCGAAAAACACUAACAUUGCCAUUGCCCACCGAUUACGUACCAUUGCUGAUUCCGAUAAGAUUAUCGUUUUGA